AUGUCGGAAAAGAAAAGAUUUGGAUCAAGAAUUUCCUCCAUAUUUGGUCAAAGUUCACCGAGUGACAAAAAAUCGUCAACAUCAACAAAUACUACCCUUAAUGUUCCAUCAUCAAACUCAUCAAAUAUACCAAAAUCAAGAGGUCUAUCACCAUUACCUUCACCAAACCCAAAACCAUUGAAUAAACCACCAUUACAAAAUUAUUCAAGCGCAAGCACUGUAAACUCUUCAUCGCAUUAUAGUUCAGGUAAAUCAAUAAAUUCAAAAUCCUCAAAUAGUACAUUAAGAGCAACUAAUAAUAACAAUAGUAAUAUACCCGUAAUUCCAAUUCAAACACCUCAUAAUGAGUAUCAUGAACAAAUGAACCAUGCACCAGUAACGAGUCAUCAUCAACCACCACCAACACAACCUCUGUAUCAACCAUAUAAUCCUCAUACACAAUAUAGUCAAACACAACCAACUAAUAACAUACCAAACAUUUCCAUUCAAACAUCACCAGCUAGUGAAAACUACAAGUCAAAUCCAUCCCCCAAUUUAUCAUCCCCCUCAUAUUCAAGAAGCAUACGUCUGCCAAGUCCGACCCCAUCACCAGUUUCAAAUAAACUACGAAGAAAACCACCAAGUGAUCUAGAUAGUUUUGAUUUUGGUGGGAAUUUAAAAUCAACCAAUACUUCACAAUUACAAAGUCCACAAUCUUCAAGUAGAUCUGGCAUAGUACAAAAUCAAGAAAAUCAAGAUCAAGAUCAAGAUCUACAUUCAGAACCGGAAUUGCAUUCAGAUACAGGAGUUACGGGAGAUAUUAUAGCAGAUUUGGAAUCUGAAAUUGAUAAUUUUUUACAAUUUGAAGAUUCAAAUUCAAAUUCAAAUUCAAAUGAUGCAGAGAGUAGAUAUUCAUCAAAAAGAAACACAAAGUUUUAUGAAGAAACAGAUGCAAUACAAAAUGAAUUUAUUAACGAUUUAAAUUUAAAUAAAAGGAACCUGAUAAGAUUAGAUGAUCCUGUUACGGAUUUCGAUUUAACUAGAUCUCAUCAAUCUAAUCAAUUACAUCAACAAUUACAACAACAAGUUCCUUACCCUGUAAAUUCAACAAUCGCCUCACCAAACGAUAGUACUACAACAACACCAACAGAAUCAAUUGAAAAUUCACCACAAAUUAUCCAAAAUUAUAUGAUGGAUACAACAAAUUUAGAAAAUAUAAAUCCCUUCGAAACAACUUUGCAAAAUUCAAAUUCAAAUUAUCAAAUUUUGGAUUCUUCAUCAUCAAAUAAAUCAUCAGACACAUCAAUAACUUCACCUACUCAACCAAAACAAUAUUUUGAUCAAUCAAUAACACCAUCUUCAUCAAAUGCUCCAGCUGUAGGCUCAACAAGUGCAAGAUCAUCAUAUUCAAGAACUCCAACUACAAGUUCGAGAAUACCUUCAUCAACUUUUAUCGGACAAUCGCCACCAAUUUACUAUAACUCCCAAUCACCUAACUUCCAACAAUCUCAACAGCCAACACCACCACCUCCACCACCACAUCAACCACAAUUACAACAUACCAAAACAGAUGUUUCACUUUAUUCCAACAUUUCAUCAAUGAAAAAUUACAAUCCAACAAGUGGAUCACAACGUACUUAUCAUCGUACAUCAAGUUCAAUGGGCUCCAUCAGAAGUUCAAAUUCAUACCGAAACGUCAACUUAGCCACACUCAAAAAAACAUUAAGUUUAAAACCAGGAGAAGGUGAAAGAUCCAAUUACGUAUUAACAAUAAGAAGAAAUGCAGGUACUGCGUUUAAUGAGUCAGGUCCAUCAAAAUGGAAAUUACCAGUGGGGAUAUUACCAAUUGAUAAAACAGCAAUGAAAGAUAAUUCCAAUGGUAAAUAUAAGAGAUUAGCAGGUAAUUCAAAUAAUUCAAAUUACAGAAAAAAGACAAGUGGAGUAGAAUUAAAACAUGGACAUUUAAAACCAAGAUUAUUAGCUGCUGAAAUAGAUGAAGGUGAUGAUUAUUCAACUAGUAUAUCUAUUUCAAAACCACCAACUACAAAUGCUUCUUCCUCAUCGACCACUUUAAAAAAUGUCAAUUCAGGUAGUCAAUCAAUCAACAAAUCAACAUCAAGAGAAAACUCCCUUAAGAGAACAACAACAGAUGGGUCUUUAUUAACAGGAGAUACUCAAUCAUUAGCAAGUACAAAUACUGAUAGUACCAAAAAUCACAGAAAUAGUAGUAUCAAGAGAAGUGAUUCUGUUGCUUCUAGUGAAAGUUCAGGUAGUAUUUCUGAAAAGAUCACUACAGGUUAUUAUCAACAUCGUGGUUAUAAAUACGGAGACGUGGAUGAUUAUGAAUAUACUGAUACUCAUCCAGAAAAUGAUGAUGAAGAAGAUGAUAUCACUGAAAAAAGUGAUAAUGGUACAGAUGAUUUAAUGAUUAAUAAUAACACCAAUAAUAAUGUUAGUAAUACUAAUGGAUAUGUUAAUGGUUUUGGAUCUAAUGGAUUUAUUAAUGAAGCUGAAGUUGAUGAAAGACCAAAAUUAGUAUUAGCCAAUCCUGAUUAUAGUUCUGAUAGUGAUUAA